AUGUCGUCAAAAAUAAAAUCUGGGCAUAAAAUUAAAACAAAAUCAAAAUUCAAAGUUCAACAUCAAAAACACAAAGUAUUUCGAGCCAAUGAUCCACUCCUUUCCGUCUUAAUGUGGGGAGUGAAUUUUACGAAUCGUCAGUUAGAUAAUGUAAAUAUUCCUGUAAUGCUACUUCCCGAACACUUCAGAGCGUACAUUAAAAUUCGUACUGACAAUCAAAAUUUUAAUAAGGAAGUUAUGCCAAGUCAUUUUAAAGUAAAAGAAUAUUGUCCUCUAGUAUUUCGUGCUUUUCGAGAAUAUUGGAAAAUUCACGAUAGUAGUUUUCGAGAUUCAUUAUCCGACUCACCUAUUCCAUUAGAUCAACUAACAAAGUCAACUUUACCUAUUUAUUUAUCAUCAGACAGACGUUUUAUCCUCAAAUGUAUUACGAAAGAAGACGUUGGACAAAUACAUCAAGUACUUCCAGAAUAUCAUAGAUAUAUAGUUGAAACACAGGGUGAUACAUUAUUACCUCAUUUCUAUGCGAUGUAUCGUUUAACGGUGGAUGAUAAAGAAAAUUAUAUUCUUGUAACGAAAAAUGUUAUAUCCAGUAGACUGAGAAUACACGCGAAAUAUGAUGUUAAAGGUUCAACAGUGGACCGUAGUGCAUCAGAUAAAGAAAAAUCAAAAGGCAGCCCAACAUUAAAAGAUAACGAUUUUAUUAAUGAUAAACGAAUCAUUGAAAUCGGCGAUCAAAAAAGAACAUUUAUGGAUAAAUUGAAGCGAGAUGUUAAUUUUUUAGUUACUCAAUAUUUAAUGGAUUAUUCAUUAUUAAUUGGCAUUCACGAUAUAGAGAAAGGUGGGGUACAGGAAAAAGAGUAUACAUUGACAAGUGGGAGCGAAAUGGCGACAUCGGACUUGUCUGGUAACGAAAGUGACAACAAUAAUCCGUCCGGUUCUGAAAGUCCUACGCCUGGUAAUGAAGAAGCAUUAUGGGAUGAUGAAACAUUCAUGAUCAGAAGUUCUGAAAAUUCUGCGCGUCGUGAAUUAUAUUGGAUGGCUCUUAUUGAUUUUACCUAUUAUGGUAUGAAGAAAAAAGGAGCAAAUGUCGCUAAAACAAUGAAAUAUGGAGGUGACGAAAUAUCGACCGUUAAUCCAGAACAUUAUGCAAGAAGAUUUUUAGACUUUAUUGAAAAAGUUAUUGUUUGA